UGAAAAUUCAACGACUUUCGACUUGUGGUUCAAACCAAAUAAAUCGUUCCGAGCACAAAGCACUGCGGAAAGCGGCUUUCUUCGCUAGAAAAAAUUAUAACCAGAAAUAAUAAAUCCCAACCGGCGAAAUCAGCUGGGCGGCGACGUGUGCGUGUGAGCGGGAGAGAGACAUCUCGUCAGUGUGUGUGAUUCCAAUCAGAAAGCCAGGAUAUCCAAACAACAACUGUGAAAAAAUCAAACUAAGCCAAAUCGCACUGGAAAUAGAAAAAAUGGAUCUAAACUUUGCCGAACUGAAGAAGGAGGCGGCCGCCACCAACGAGGACAUCUUCCAGCGGGCACAGAAGGUCUACGAGGACUCGGGCCUGGGCGGCGAUGCUGGCAAUGUGAGCGGUGGCGCCCAGGACGACAAUGCCCAUACGGAGCACUAUUUUGCCAAUGAGCAGAAGAACCUGGACUUUGGUGAGCCCCAGGAGUACGUGCAGCGCCUGUCCGCUGGAGCCAAGGAGGCGGCCCUGGACCUGGACGCCAAGUUUGCCCAGAAAACGGACGAUUUCGAUGACUUUCUGCGCAACGCUGGCAAGGAGGUGAAGCAGGGCAUCAGUGGACUGACCACCGAUUUCAUGAACGCCGAGCGGGGCUUCGCCGCGCCCCUGGCUCCCUUCUCAGAGGCUGCUGCUCCCAAGGCACCAGCAGCUGCUGCCCCUUCUGUUCCAGCUCCUGCUGCUCCAGCUCCAGCUCCUCCUUCUGUACCAGCUCCUGCUCCCGUGGAGGAGGACCUCCUGGGCAGCUUCAGUGACCAGCCAUCGGCUCCACUUCAGGCCUUCCAGCCCACGGCACCGUCCAAGGCCAAUUUCUAUGACGACGAGGAUGAGGAUGAGGAUGAGGAGGAGGAGGAGGACUUCCUGGGCAAGCCUGUCCCAGCCGCUCCACUGACCAAAGCCAACCAGGAUUCGGACACCGAAUCGCCGUCCGUCUCGUACACUCCAUCGCCGGCCAAGAAACCCAUUGUGGAUGCUCUCAAGGAGCAGGACAACGAGAAGUUCAUCUCGUCGGAGGAUCUGCUUAGUGACUUUAAGGAGGAGCCACGCUCAGCGCCGGCUCCCAUUUCCAUUUCCACACCAGCUCCCGCUCCCGCUGCUGCUGCUCCUGCUCCAGUGGCGCCAGUUGCCAAACCCCAGCCUGUUCCAGUGGCUGUCCCAGUGACAACCGCUCUGGUAACCGAUCUGGAUGACGACGAGGUGGUGUUCAAGCCCAGUGUCCAAGAGGCGCCCAAGGCAGCGGCACCUGUGCCCGAACCGAAACCAGAGCCGCCCAAGCCCAAGGAGGAGCCACCCAAGCCAAAAGUGGUCCCACUCCCAGUGGCCGUGGAAUCCUCAUCACCGCCGCAGCCCAAGAUUGUGUCCGUCGAGGAGAUCUUCUACAAAUACGGAUUGGAUGCCUGGUUUAAACCCGAACGUUUGCACCCACAAGUGGAAUCCCUUAUCUACUGGCGUGAUGUGAAGAAAUCCGGCAUUGUUUUCGGCGCCGGCCUGAUCACAUUGGUGGCCAUCUCCAGCUUCUCGGUGAUCAGUGUGUUCGCCUACUUGUCGCUGCUGGCUCUUUUCGGCACCGUGGCCUUCAGAAUCUACAAAUCAGUCACACAGGCCGUGCAAAAGACGAACGAGGGACACCCCUUCAAGGAAUACCUGGAGCUGGACCUCACGCUGUCGCAGGACAAGGUGCAGAACAUUGCCGGCGUGGCUGUGGCACAUAUCAAUGGCUUCACCUCGGAGCUGAGGCGCCUGUUUCUGGUUGAGGAUAUCAUCGAUUCGAUCAAGUUUGGCGUCAUUCUGUGGGUCUUCACCUACGUGGGUGCCUGGUUCAACGGCAUGACUCUGGUCAUCUUGGCCUUUGUCUCGCUGUUUACCUUGCCCAAGGUCUACGAGAACAACAAGCAAUCGAUCGACACCUACUUGGAUCUGGUGCGCAGCAAAUUGACAGAAAUCACCGACAAGAUCCGAGUGGCCAUCCCCAUUGGCAACAAGAAGCCCGUGGUCGCUGCCGAGUCUGACAAGGACAAGUAAAGAACCCGCACUAGCUACAGAAACAACCACAAUAAAAACAUGUUUAUUUAUUUAUUAAGCAUUAUUUUGAAUGGUUUUAAUAUUCAUCCAGGCAUUAAAUAAAUAACAAAUCUAGCAAUGUUUACAUAUUAAUUGUAUAAUUGCAAUCUACAUCAAUCGAUAAUUGUAAAUCAAAUUUAAAGAAACCCAAAAAAACAACUUAUCAACCAACAACUCGUAGCAGUUUCAAACAUUGUCCAAGUGUCUUUAAGUUUUUAACGAACGAAGCAACAAACAAACAAACAAA